AUGACUCGAAGUUCACACCCUGUUCAUGCGCACAUAUUGGACUUUGACGACGAUUUCGAACGAACUUUGAGAAGGAAGAGGAAGCAGCCAGAACUCAAUCCCUCUAGUUCUAGUUCCGAACCUGAAUCUGAAGCUGAAACGGACUUUGAAGAGGAACAAGACAUGGCUGUAGACAAUCGAACAAUCAAGGAACUUUCAGCCUCUGGAUUGGACACUGCAGUCCCUCUUUGCAUUCAAUACCCUAGGGCAGCUGUAGGUAAGACCGAUGAGUUUGAAUUGAAGUCGAGUUUGCUACAUCACAUUCCCAAAUACCAUGGGCUGUCCAUGGAAGAUCCAAACAAGCAUUUGAAGGAAUUUGAAGUAGUAUGUUCAAGCAUGACACCCAUUAACGUGGAUGGGAAUAUUUUGAAGAUGAAAGCCUUCCCAUUCUCUCUUAUGGACAAGGCUAAAGAUUGGCUCUAUGAACUAGCACCUGGAAACCGUUACUUCUUGGGAAAAGUCAUUCUUUUGAGGAAGAAAAUUAGUGGAAUUCAACAAGGCCCGGGAGAAUCCUUUCCAGGGUACUAUGAGCGUUUUAAGAAGUUAGUUGCAUCCUGCCCACAACAUCAAAUGAAGGAAGAGCUUUUAAUUCAAUAUUUCUAUGAAGGACUACUUCCACUGGAGAGACAAAUGCUUGAUGCUUCAGCGGGAGGUGCUUUGGUUGACAAAACACCAGUUGCUGCGAAGAUCUUAAUAGCAAACCGAGCUUUGAAUGCACAACAAUACGAAGGAGUUGGAGGGAGAGAUCAUACACGGCCAAGUCCAGUUAAUGAGGUUGUUGAAGGAUCCAAAGUGCAAAGUACAGCCACUUGUAGCGUGUGCUCUAUGCAUGGACACCCCACUGAUCAAUGUCCUCAAUUAAUAGAGAAUGGGGGAUGGGAAAGUGCCAAUGCCGUAGGUUAUCAAGGCCAAAAUCAACCUAGGUAUGACCCAUUUUCAAACACCUACAAUCCGGGCUGGAGAGAUCAUCCAAAUUUGAAGUGGAGGGAGCCUCAACAACAACAAGGCGGAUAUAGACAGCCACCUCCGGGGCUCUAUCAAAGGCCGUUCGCACCAGCACAACCUCAACCACAAACUGCCCAAUCAAAUUCAGGUUCGCCAUUGGAUAAUGAUAAAAUGCUUCAAGUACUAACUUCUUUGACUCAGGGUUUACAAAAUCAAGCCAAAGAGAUGAGCGAAGUGAAGAAGCAAAUUGGGCAGAUGGCGGAAUUCAUGGGACAGUUUAGAGAAGAAGGCAAACUACCUAGCUCAACCAUUGUCAAUCCAAAAGGAGGUUUUUGA